GUCCAACUCUAGUUCCGCCAUAUUAAUUUUUCUUUCUUGUUUGCGUUGGGUCUCACCGUGUCACGAUGAGUUCCUUAAAGCUACAGAAGAGGCUUGCAGCCUCUGUUAUGCGAUGCGGCAAAAAGAAGGUGUGGUUGGAUCCAAAUGAAAUCAGCGAAAUCGCUAAUACCAACUCGAGGCAAAACAUCCGUAAGAUGAUCAAGGAUGGUCUCGUAAUCAAAAAACCAGUAGCGGUACAUUCACGCGCCCGAGUACGCAAGAACACAGAAGCACGUAGGAAAGGACGUCAUUGCGGCUUCGGUAAGAGAAGAGGUACUGCCAAUGCGCGUAUGCCACAGAAGGAACUUUGGGUACAAAGACAAAGAGUUCUUCGAAAACUGCUACUCAAGUACAGAACUGCAAAAAAGAUUGACAGACAUCUGUACCAUGCGCUGUACAUGAAGGCGAAGGGUAAUGUGUUCAAGAACAAGCGUGUACUCAUGGAGUACAUUCACAGGAAGAAGGCUGAGAAGGCUAGGACUAAGAUGCUUAGUGACCAGGCUGAGGCCCGUCGUAACAAGGUGAAGGAGGCGCGCAAGCGACGUGAAGAACGUAUUGCCGCCAAGAAAGAAGAGCUUCUACAGACCUUUGCGAGGGAAGACGAGGCCGCAGUCACCGCCAAGAAGUGAUAGCUUUAUUGUUCUUAAAUACAUGAUCCAAUAAAGAUCUGGGAUCGUAA